GUUGCAACGUAUGCCUGUGCAAGACUACGCGAGUGCUCAGUGCUAAUUCAAAUUUCUCUUUUCUGGUCCAUGCUGGCUAAAUGGUGGCUUCCUCUCUUUCUCUGGCUCCUGCAUCUUCUGCAUGCCUCGCUAGUGUAUUUGACAACAAAGUUUCAAAAUCGCCGAUAUUUGCCCCCUCAACCGGUAACCGCGUACCGCAGCAAGCUACCAAAACACUUGGCAAUUAUUCUGGUUCCCUAUCACGCGGCGAAUCCCAAGCACACAGAAGAACUGUAUUUGGAGUGCUUAGUUAGGGCUAUAGAGCAGCUUACUGCAUAUGAUGCCGAGGGUACACUGUUAGGGUGCUCUGACAUUAUUCGGGAACGCCUAACACACUGUGAUGAUCUGCCCACCGACGAGAGUGAAUCAGAACUCGAAUAUCCGUUGACCCCUCCACUUUCUGAGGCCUCAGAGUCAAGAAGCCAUUCGCCCGACUCUGAAGGCUUCCCCAUACAACUCAAUGUUACAACAGUAUGCUCUUUCAGGAAAGGUUCUUCGCAUCAUAGGCCAAGAGAAGUUGCAGUUCGCCGACGAGCGCACGACAAGCAUCCUCCUUAUAAUCCUCUGACACUCCAUAUAAUUUCACGCAGUGCCUCAAAAGCUGCCAUUGCAUCUGUUGCACGUUUUCUUUUAGAUGAAGAAUUUUGCAGGCGCCAGAACAGUCAUGACCUGGACCACGAAGGAGGUCUGCCAUCACCGGACUUUAUGAUCAUCCAUCAUGUCCGCACGCAGGACCCCCCAACUCCUCUCGAACUACACGGUUUUCCUCCAUGGCAGAUCGCGCUGACAGAAAUCCACCAGACCAUUGCUCAUGACGUCGCUUCCCUGAAAUAUCCAAACAGUUCAAUGCCAAGUGUAAUCACCGAGGAAGCGUUCUGUCGUGCCUUGGACGAGUAUGCCGGUGCUCAAUUUCGAUUGGGGAGGUAAUGAAUUUUAUCAUCCUGUAGCCUCUUGUAGCCUGUUUUUGGUUGUACAUGCCUUUCACCGUCAUGCAUCCGGAAUGACGCACGUUGCCCGAUUCAGUAUAGCAUGUUUAGAGCUUCCUAGCAACGGCACAAACAUGAUGGUACCGACUCCCAAGCUGUUAGAGGAUACUAUAGAUUAUUGUUCAUUCUAAUUAGAAAUUGAGAGCGGUUCUUUUCAAAGGCCGGACGAA